UGAGGGCUUAACAAUAAAAAUAUUAAAGUUCAUCUUCUUGUUGAACAUACAUCAGCAUUUAGCACCGAUUCAACCUUUCAAAAUUCUCCAACUACAUCAAAACUUUUUACAAUCCAUUCCGAAUUCCUGGUUCAAUCUUGUUGAUCUAAUCUUGUUCCAAUUCCAUUAAUGGGGAUUUCAUGGAGUUCAAGAAGAAGACAAAGCCAUUACUAUCAACAUCCUCCUCCUCCUCCUUACUACCCUCACAACCAACAACCAUCACCGCCACCGCCUCCACCACCGCCACUUCCUUACUAUAACUAUUCCACCUCCGCCGCAGUAGUCGAAUCUCCGCCUCUUUCUCUUCCACCGCCGCCUUCCAAUAGCUAUGUAUAUGUUUCAAAUACUCCAUACCAAACAACCCAGUUCCAGUAUCAACACCCACACCCAAUUCAGUCUAAUUUUGACUACUCUGGUUAUAAUUACGCUAAUCAAAUGAUGGUUCGACCUAAUUUACCCUUUUUUCCUGCUACGUAUGGAAAUGGGUGGCAUCAGAUUAGGUUUCCUGCUCCCCAACAAUCGUUACUGCCGCCGCCUUAUGUGGAGCAUCAGAGUGCAAAAGUUGUUAAGAAUGAUGUUAAUGUACAUAAGGAUACUAUCAAGCUUGUAGUUGAUGAGGAUUACCCCGAUCAUUUCUUGGUUUCUUUUGUUUUUGAUGCUCAUUAUGAUGGCAGCAUAACUAUUUACUACUUUGCAAAGGAGGAAAAAGAGACCUGCUCAUUCACUCCAGCUUAUCCAGAGGCAAGCACGUCAGUUAAAGUCCCUUUCGAAAAAGGGGUAGGGCAGAGAUUUUGCCAGGCCAGUGGAACUGGUGUGGACUUGGGAUUCUUCGAUUUGGAAAGUCUUGGAAAACCUUCAGAAGAUGAUGUUUUCCCACUUGUUAUAUAUGCUGAAGUAUAUUCAAAAUCGCAGGAAGUUGAUGAUAUGGUAGGAUCAUCUUCAACAGAGGGUUCACCUAGGGUACAGGUUACUCAGGCUGUUAUUGAGACGAAGAAUGAUGGGUCCUUUCAUGUAAAAGCAAUUAGGCAGAUUUUGUACAUCGACGGUGUUCGUUAUGAACUUCGUGAUUUGUAUGGGAUUGGAAAUUCAUCUUCUGAAGGAUUUAAUGAUGAUGACCCUGGAAAAGAAUGUGUGAUUUGCAUGACGGAGCCCAAGAAUACAGCUGUAAUGCCAUGCCGACAUCUGUGUAUGUGUAGUGAUUGUGCUAAAGAGCUCAGACUUCAGACAAACAAGUGCCCAAUUUGCCGCCAACCAAUUUCCGAGCUUAUUGAGAUCAAGAUAAACACUACUGGUAAUCAAUAAUCUCUUAGAGUUGCUCUUAUUAUCUUGGAUAUGAUUGUAUGAUGCCAUAAUAGUUCAUGACUAUCCCUCUUACCCUUUGUGAAUUUGUAUUUAUCUUGUAAUAUAGAUAGUAUAUAUACUUCUGUAUCCGUAUGGAAGUUAACCCGUCUACUGAAUUAUACCUUCAUUCUUUUCAUAUCAAUGUGUGCUAUCUGCUA